AUGGAUUUAGGAUUAGAUUCAUUAUUAGAAGAAGAAAUUCGACGUCAAACAGGAUCUAUCGAAAAGAUAGAGAGUGCUAAUAACACAGUAAAUAAAAAUGAAAACCAAAAUAAUACUGAUAAACUAGAUAAUAAAGUUAGUGGUGAAACCAAUCAUAUUGAAAGGGAAGAGCCCAUCAAUGAAAAAGAUUAUACAUGGAUUGAAGACAUUAUAGAUAAAGAAAAUAAGGAAUAUAAUGAUUUAACUAUUGAUAUAAAAGAUAUUACUGGUCAGAAUAUUCAUGAGAAUAUACUUCCUAUGAAAUGUAAUCUAUAUAUUCAUAACAUAUUACGACAAUGGGAGAGAGAAAUCAAGAGUCAAGAAGUACAUACUGAUGAUAAUACUAGUAGUGGUAGUAUCGAUAGAACAACACAAGAGAGAAAUGAACUAUUUUAUGAUACAAAGAUGAGUUUGUUUCCUCUCCUUGUUCAAUUGAGAAAAAACAGUUUACCUAAAAACCAAUUAAUUUCUGUAUCCACUAUUUUGUUUCAUCUACAACGUCACGAGUGGGAUUUAUCAUUACAAUCAUACAUGCAGUUAUCAAUUGGGAAUGUUGCAUGGCCUAUUGGUGUGACUUCUGUAGGUAUUCAUGCAAGAAGUGCCCAUUCCAAGAUUACUGGUGAUAGAAAGCAUAGUUAUAACAUAGGGAAACAAAUUAAUAUGGCUAAUAUUAUGAUAGAUGAUUCCACUAGGAAGUGGACAACAGCAUUAAAACGGUUAAUAACAAUAAGUAAGAACAUAGCUGUUACAAACACACAAGAACCUAAACAUAAAUAA